CAAUGUCAAAUCGAUCCACCCAUAACAGGCACGAAGGGACCAAGGGCUUCUCCAAAACCCAAAAGAAAUUCGUCCAAAAGACGCCCAACACAACCCUCUCUAAUUCUCUCAGACAGUCCCUCACUCCACAAUCCGAUGCCGGUGCUGUCGCAACGGCUAGCAGUGGCGGUAGUGGUCGUGGUGGCGCCGCCGAGUCAGCGAGUAGGGUUAGGAGGGGGGAGAAUGGUGAUUGGGUUUCUAGUGGAACUCAGAGUGGAAGUUUCGUAAAUUACUUGCCCCAAGACGAGGCGGUGGCGGCUGGUCUCGGGGCUGAUGAGGGUGGAUUGGAUCCUGUGGAGUCUCAGCGAGUUGUUGAUCUUCUGAAUAGAGAGUUGUCGAGGUUGCUUAAGUUGAGCCCUAGAGAUUUCUGGAGAGAAGUGGCUAGUAAUACUUCCCUUCAUGCAUUCCUGGAAAGCUUCCUGAAAUUCAGAAGUAGGUGGUAUGAUUUCCCCCAUCGUGGAACAAAGGGAAUAGUGGCAGGAGUCAUUGUUGGCGAGUAUGAGCUGGGCCGGCGUGUCUUUAUGGUCUUGUAUCGCAUAUCUUCCAACCGGGAUCCCGGUGCUAGGGCGGCUGAUAGCCUGAGUAUGAAAGAUCAUGCAGUUCUUUUGCAGGAAAACAAUUUGCUUGACUUGCCUAAGUUGUUAGAUAUAAGUGCGAUAUAUUCUCAUGAGAAUGAAGAUCUGACCAGAUCAUUGGUUCUGAAUGCAGUGAAGGCCCAGCCCAGAAUCCAUAAUGAUUUUACUGCAGUAAUGUAUCAUUUCCUCAGCAUUGUUCAUACUAUGUAUCAGCGCUGCAGCUCUUCUUUGGAGGUUCUAUUUUCCUCGCGUGACUCUCAAGAACAUGGAUCCAGUCGGCUUCAUGCGGAUUAUUUAGAGUGCAACAAGAACAGGCUUUGUGUUUUUCCCCCUGUUUUACGAGGCAUAGUGGUAGCUGCAUAUUCGGUGAUGGACUUCAUAAAUGAUGCAAUUGUAUCCAUGGAUACUUUUGUUAGUGCAUACAAACAUGCAGCUAUCUUCUUCACCUGCCCUGUUGAAAUAAGUUACAGUAAUGAGGAAAUGCUGAGUAUCCUUGCAAAAUUGCAUGAUUCAUUGCUGCCAUCUUUACAGCAGGGAUUCCAAGUUAUAUUUACAGCAGGUGAUGGUGGACAUCAGGAUAACAUGCUCUCAAAUGUGGGCAUCAGUCUGAAGAUGUUAUCCACAAGAAUAGUAAAAUUUGGUUGGAAAUUACUUUACUUUUGCUAUCUAAGUGAUGAAGUUUUUGAAGAGAGCUUCAUUCUUCCUGCUGCAACAAAGAUAUUUCCAGCCAAAGUGGAGGACCCUGUCAUAAGAGCAGAUAUUUUGGUUCAGAUUUUUAGGGAAAUCAGUGGAUUAUAUUCACAUUUCCAGGAGGGGCAGAGCAGGAGAACAUUUCUCCAACAUAUUGAAAAAAACCACAAGAUGAUGAGCAGAAUUGAGUUAUUGCAAACUACAGCAACAUUUUUCCUUGGUGCUCGGCUACCCAAAGUGGGUGCACCACCAGAUGGCAUCUACCCUAAUUGCAAAGCAUCAAUGAUGUUAGUGAAAGACCUGGUUUCAAGUCCCCCAUAAAGAUUUGAAUAUGUCUUGCACAUUGGGAAAAUGGUUGAUCCUUCUGGUUUUGCUGCUAUUUGAUAUUUGGAGCCUUCUUGACAUGACAUAGCACAAUGCUAUUUUCAUUGUAUGACUUUGUUGGCAUUUGUUGACAUGUGCAAAGCACACACUAUGUGCUGGGGUAAAAAUUGUUCAUGAUUUGCUCUCAAGAGAAAUCAUUGUUUAGAUAACUUUG